CAUAGUGUGUCUAACACAUGGCUACUGCGAAGAAAAAAAUGAAAAAGUAGGAAAAUGUGAUUCAGAUUCGGUGAUGGUCAAAGGAAGUUGUCGUAAAAUAAAAACCAUUCCGAUGCAAAAUAUAUUAGCUGGAACUCUUCCCAACGAAAAUAAACCGGCAUUUCUUAAUGUUCCGACGAAGCGACCGAAUUGUGAGAGAGGUCUAAUCUGGCUUGAUAACCUUUGUCGUAGGAUAAGCUCCAUCCCUAUUCAAAAUAUUAUUUUAGGAACUAUGCCAAGAUGUGCAGAUGGACAAUACAUGAAGAAGGGCAAGUGUCUUCCAGUAGCUUCUAAGAAAUCUGAAAAAUGUGAGGCGGAAAAAAUCUUCGUCGAUGGUCGUUGUAGAAAAGUGGGUUAAACGGCGGUUAAUGUCAACUUAUGCUUCAAGUGUAAUAUUGGUGGUCUAAGAUAUAAAGCUAGUGAGAAGUACAUUAUAGUAAAACUGUAUCAUUUGUAUAAAAAACAGUACGACUAUUUGAAAAUUCAAGCAAAGAGUA